AUGACUCCUCUAAAAAGUAAAUGCAGUCCACAGAAGACAGUGAGAUUGCCUGUCAUUGGGGAGGUUACUAUUGUUUCACUUGGGGUUUUUCUGCUCUGUGUGGUAUUCGCUGUUCUCUGGGCUGUUUAUCGACGAGCAUCUUAUUCAUGGGUGGGCCAAAAUAUUCUCGGUAUUUGUAUGAUGAUAAAUGUCUUACAGUUGGCUCGACUACCUAAUAUCAAGGUUGCUACAGCGCUUCUGUGCUGUGCAUUUGUUUAUGACAUCUUUUGGGUCUUCAUAUCACCACUUAUAUUCCACCAGAGUGUGAUGAUUGCAGUCGCUAAAGGAAAGAAUUCUGGUGGAGAAGCAAUACCCUUGCUCUUGAGAAUUCCUAGAAUCGUUGAUCCUUGGGGUGGCUAUAAUAUGAUUGGAUUUGGGGACAUUCUCUUUCCUGGUUUGCUUAUUACGUUUGCUUACAGGUAUUAA